AUGGCAGGAAAGAUUCUUUUCGCCAAUCUUACUGAAAUUCACUUUGAUCUUAAUACUCUCAAACUCAAGUACUACAACAAGAACACAAGAUUGAUUGAAUCUCUUGAAUUCAACAUGGGAGGCUUCUGUGCAUCAUUUGGAAUGCACCUUGUUUACUCCAUUGAGAUCCUGAACAAAGAAAUCAAAUUAUCAAACCAAUUAUUAGACAAUUCCAAGCAAACAGAAGAUCCACAGCAGCUUGGCAAGAAGUACCAUGUCGAAUAUAAGAAAUUAAUGAGGAAACUUGAGUUUGCAGAGGAAUUAGCAAAGAAAGACAUUCCUCUUGAUGAAGCUUAUGAAAGUAUUGCUUCAUUUUACGGUACAAAGUGUGAAGUUUCCAGAGGAUUAAAGGAACUCAUUAAAUUAGGAACAGAAAUCAAAGCAUUGAGCCAAAAGAACAACAGCCCAGCACUUGAAGACAUCAACUCUCUCAAAGAGAAAUUGGCCAAUGUUAACAAUAUUUUCUUGGAUACAAGAGAAGACAUGAGAAAUGUUUAUUUAAAUAACCAAAAUCAUCUCAAGUCUUACAAUGAAUGUGCAGCAAAAGUAAUGAAAGGAGUUAAGACAGUUGGUGAAAGAUGGGAACAUAUUUCAACACGCGGAUUUGAUGAUGAAAGAGUUGCUUUCGCUUCCAAGAUAUUGGAAUUAUUGAUGUUCUAUUGGUGCGAAGCAAAUUUCCUUGAUCAAUUAUUAGGAAAACUUUCUAUCUUUGAGAAAAUGAUGAAGAACUAUGAUGUCGCUGACGUGAAGAAAGCAGUCAUUGAAUUUCAGAUCAAGAUAGCAAUUUACAAGCAGCAAAUGGAAGAUUCACUUGGUGUUGAGAAAUCACCAAUGCCAGCGAGACUUUCCGAACCAGUUUUUGUUGAUUAA